AUGCCGUGGUAGGGUGGCAUAUAGCAGUUGAACUGUCUGUCCAUCAGUCUGUCUGUCCAUCUGUCUGAAAACUUUAACAUUGGCCAUAAAUUUUGCAAUAUUUAAGAUAGCAACUUAAUAUUUGGCAUGUGUACCCCAUGGAGUUGCACAUUUUGAGUGGUGAAAGGUCAAGGUAAUCCUUCAAGGUCAAAGGUAAAAAAACACAAGGGAAGUAACAAGCUUUACAGGGAAAUAAUUUAUAUUUAUCAUUUGGCAAGUACAAAUAAUUUUUACAAGGGCAGUAAUAGUUUUUAGAAGGGAUAUAUUAAUCAGAAACAAAAAUAUUUAAAUCAAAGCGGCGGGGGCAUUGUGUUUCUGACAAACACACCUCUUGUUAACUUUUAAGCUUUUAAUAAUCUGUGGCUUUAAAUAUGUGUCAUGUUUAUGUUAAAAUCCAGGGUGGAAAACAACGAAAAGGACAAGCUAUUCAACUGUUUGGUGCGUCUAUUUCAAGAAAAGCAAUGGGGCUUCACACAGGAACAGGCAGACACGACAGGGAAAAUGGUGGUUGGAAAGUUGGUUAAUUGUCUGUGGUACUUUGAUCCCUUCUGGGAUCGUCUAAAGACAAGGGGAAUAACGCCACCAGACGUCUUUCAGCCAUUCACUGGCUGCAGGAGACUCAAAGAGCAGAAGAAGAAAAUACCCCAGCUGAAUACAGUAGAACUACAGGAAAACAUAGAGAGUAUUUCAGAUAUUCUAAUGCUCCCAUGGAUUGAGAAUCCAUCUUCAGCAGGAUUGAAAAAGAUUAUGGACCUUUUAAUCACAGAUCUCAGUAAGUAUCACAAAUUCAUGACAGGCAUGCAGAAGUGUUCUAAUAACAACCACCAAUCACCUGAACCCAUAAGAAAUUUCAACGACAGUUGGACACUAGUAACUGUGACAAAGUAGAUUCUGUAAGGGAAGACUACUCUGCUUUAGACUUAGCUCUAAAAGCAUGUUGUGACUACAUCCCGAUGGACCUAUUACAGUUCGAACCAAAGUCCAAGGAGGACAGAAGGAAGUGGUUAAGUAAGAUAGAGCUUUCGUCCACAGUGAAUGUUUUCACUUACACACAUGGUAAUUACAUAGGAAACACAACAGUUGUUUGGAAGAUACCCGACCCUGAAUUGCCAAAAUCCAAAAAUGUGCCCAGCGAGAAUAUUAGAAUAGUUAAUCUAAUCAAAGAUGACAUUGUGAAAUACUCUACCAGAAGAAUGAGGAAGGACUUCUUUGACAGGUACCAAAAGGUAAAAAUCGCGCCAGUCGUUCUUAGAGACAUGUACAGGUACCUUACAAACUUUGAGAUUAGUGCAAACGAAACAGAAGAAAUUGAUGAACGGUUUGUGAAAUUUCUCUUUGAAGCAGAGGAUUGUGAACUGAUAUAUGACAUGAGAAAAGAUAAUGGAAGUACAUGUGAUCCAAAAUAUGAUCCAUUUUGGGAAGCCCUUCAGAAACUAAUCAUGGAUGAAAAUUCUGCAGUACAUGAA